GAAUUCUUCUAGUCAAUCUGAAUGAAGAAGAAGGUGAUAAGAUGCUUGAUGAUGACAAUAUUGAAUUGAUGAAAAAAUUACAUGAAAAUAUCAAAGCACUCCAGUUUCAAAACAUAAUAGAUUUUAAAGAAUAUAUUGACCACCCAGAAGAAAAAAAAAUAUAUAAGGUAUUAAGUAAUCAGAAAAUAGUAAAUUUAGUUACUAAUCCAGAACCUGAAAAGGAUAAAAGUCAAAAUAUGAAAAAGCUUUGUCAAACUUGUAAGAAGCAAUUAGAAAAUUGCGAAGAGCAUCUUUCAAACAAGUAG